AGAGCAGGUCUAUCAGUCGCUCUGGAACCUUGUUCUAUACUGGAGUUUAGUGUUCUUGUAUUUAGUAAUUUGCUGAAUCAAUAAAACUUGUGGAAUAUGCUACCAAAAGAUGGAUAUGAAGUUGUCAUCUCCGGGAUUGGAGGGAAGUUCCCAGAAACUAACAAUAUUGCAGAGCUACAAGAGAAACUGUUUGCAAAGGCGAACCUUGUGACCGUUGAUGACAGAAGAUGGUCACCAGGAGUGUACGAUACACCAAAAUACUCAGGAAAGGUGCUUGAGGAGUACAAAUUUGAUGCAGCCUUUUAUGGAAUACAUCGAAGAUUAUGUGUCUCUGCUGAGCCAAUGACAAAGCUCACCCUUGAGCGAUGUUUUGAGGCAAUGGUUGAUGCAGGAGUUAACCCAUUUACUUUGAGGGGCUGCAAUAUUGCUGUGAUCUCUGCUUCAAUCAACAGCGAGUCUGAAAUUUUGAUGCUGACUCAUGAUGGACUCAUCAGAGAUGGUUUCGGAAUCCAAGGUCACAGUCAGGCAUUGAUUGCCAAUAGGGUUUCUUAUUUCUUCAAUUUUGUAGGUCCCAGUUUCACUAUAAACUCAAGCUGGACGGGUGGCACCUCUGCCCUGCAGCAGGCUGUCACUUUGAUACGUCAGGGGGCUGUGGUGGCAGCACUGGUCACUACCGCCUACAUGAUGUGGUCUCCAUCUGUUGCUAGUGAAUACGUCGACCUGGGCCUCCUCACUUUUGAUUGUGAAACUCGCCCAUUUGAUAAAAAUGCAAAUGGCUUUGUUCGGAGUGAUGGUGUUGUUACAUAUUUCCUCCAGCGUAGAGAAGACGCAAAACGGGUAUAUGCAACUGUCGUCAAUGUUGAUUCUAAGUGUCUUGGUGGCCGACAAUGUAGCUUCAUGACGUAUGACAGUGGAUUGGACAAAUUUCUCUCCGAUUUCUAUUCGUCAUGUGAGUGUGAUCCUGCAAGUCUAGCUUAUCUGGAGCCCGAAGGAAUGUCUAUUAAGGAAACAGAUGCUGUAGAACUUAACAACAUAGCAAGUGCGUUGUGUCCAAAAAGGAAAACACCUCUUCUAAUCGGAUCAGUUAAAAGUAAUGUUGGUCAUGCCCAUGUGGCUGCUUGCUUCAUGUCAGUAGCAAAGGCUAUAAUUGCCAUGGAAACUGGAGUUAUACCCCCAACUCUGCACUACAGUGAAGCCAACUCUUCUGUCCCUUCUUUGGUCACUGGUGAUAUUCAGCCAGUUACAGAAAAUACUCCCCUUCCUGGAGAUUUGGUAGCAAUAAACAAUAUCUCCAUCAGCGGUACAAUGGGUCACACACUACUACGCAGAAACAGUAAACAGAAGCUGUGUAUGGAACAAUCUGCAGAAGCACUUCCGUCAGAUGGCCUACACAGACUGGUUUUGGUGUCUGCCCGGAAUGAAGAAGGUGCCAAAGUUGUUACUGACAAACUGCAGUCAAUGCCUCUGGACACAGAAUUUGUAUCCCUAGUGAACAACAUACACAAGACAAGUAUUCCUAAUUACCUGUGGAGGGGAUAUGCAGUACUGCCUUCUAGUGAUCUCUCAACCAACUGUGAAAUCUUGGCUUGUGAUUCAGAAAAACGUAGGCCAGUUUGGUUUGUUUUCUCUGGAAUGGGAUCACAGUGGAAUGGAAUGGGAAGAGAGCUGCUUAAAUUCCCUGUCUUUGCUGCUGCAAUUGAAAAAUGUGACAAGGUUUUGAGUCCUAAGGGUGUUGAUAUCAAAUAUAUUCUUACAAGUGAAGACACCACAGUUUUUGACAACAUCCUCAAUUGCUUUGUGGGCAUAGCAGCUGUUCAGGUUGGGCUGGUUGACAUGCUGAAAGCAGUGGGAGUGCAGCCAGAUGGCCUCAUUGGCCACUCGGCUGGGGAGCUAGGCUGCUCGUACGCAGAUGGUUGCUUUACCGCAGAAGAGAUGGUGUUGGCUGCAUAUGCCAGGGGCCGCGCCAGUCUAGACGGGAAUCUGAUCAAGGGGCUGAUGGCUGCUGUUGGUAUGGGAUACAAGGAUAUCAAAGACCAACUGCCACCCUCUGUGGACGUGGCUUGUCACAACGCCUCAGACAGCUGCACCAUCUCUGGUCCCUGGGACGAUGUUUUGGAAGUUGUCAGGGUGCUCAAGGAGAAGAAAGUGUUUGUGAAAACCGUUAACACUAGUGAGAAAGCCUUCCAUUCUCGUUACAUCAGACCUAUUAGUGAUCAACUCAACGUUAUGUUAAAAAAAGUGAUACCCAACCCUAAAGCAAGAUCAUCAAAUUGGAUAAGUACAUCAGUAACAGCAAAAGAGUGGAAUACUAAAGAUGCCAAACUGGCUUCAGCAGCAUACUACACAAACAAUCUAAUAAACCCAGUACUGUUUGAAGAGGGCUGUGCUUUCAUUCCUGCAAAUGCAAUUGUGGUGGAGAUAGCACCUCAUGGUUUGAUGCAAGCCAUAUUGCGGCGGUCCCUGAGUCCUCAGUGUAUCAACAUUGCUCUAACCAAUAGAACUUCUGAGUCCAACAUCAGGCACUUUUUGUGCGCUUUAGGAAAGUUAUACCUGAACAAAGUAGAGUUGGAUAUGAACGCUCUGUAUCCACCUGUAGAGUACCCAGUAUCCAGGGGAACUCCUUCGCUAGCUCCCCUUGUCACAUGGGACCACGCAGAUAACUGGUUCACUGAGUUCUCAGGAAUUAUCAAAAUGAUGACAGAAGAAAAGUCUGAGCUUUCAGCAGUUGUAGAUGACAGCUCAGAAGAAUUUAAACUCUGGUCUGAACAUGUUGUGGAGAAUGAGGUUAUAUUACCUCUUGCUCAGUUAUUGAGCUACCCCUGGAAAAUUAUAAUAGACACUAAAGGUCUGGAUUCUAAGCAAGAAGCUAUACAAAUGGAAGACGUUGUCGUGACUGGAAGAAUUCCUGUGAAAUCAUCAAAAGAAAGUGUGGAAGUUUCUCUAUUCAGAGGUUCUCACCAUUUCGAGGUCUACCAGGAGAGUGAGGGUGGCCAGCUGCUGCUUCGGGUUACAGGGUUGGUUAAUGUCAUCAGGAGACCGCAACUGUCACUGGAGCCCUUAUUUACCAACGGUCACAAACCGUUGCGAUUCUCACAGGUCGAUGUGUACAGGGCGUUGACCCAGCACGGAUAUCACCUCGGACCACAGUUUCAAUUGAUCAAGUCCAUUUGCAGCAAAGAAAAAGAUUGUGAAGCCAUAGUGGAAUGGAGUGGGAAUAUGAUCACAUUCUUGGAUGCUCUUUUCAAACUGGUAAUAUUUCUUUAUUUGGGACCAAAGAGUAAAGUUCCAGAAAUAAACGGAUUCACAAGACUUACUAUUGAUGUCCCUCAUUUUUGUGAACUCAGUGCAGGUAUUGAAGUACAUGUGAGAUAUAACUGCAGAACCAAUAUUCUGUACUGUGAUGGUCUCAGGCUUGAAGGACCCACAUUGUCUUCAAAAGAAAAGAAACCAACCAGUUCAGAGUCUUUGAUGUGGAAAUCAGUUGUAUUUGUACCAUACAAAGAGAAUAUUUUGGAACUAGAAGAAUUUCUCAAUGUAAGCAUACAGCUGGUGGCUGAAGAGGCUCUUGCAUGUUGGACAAACAGAGUGGCUGAUUUUGUGUCAGUAGAAGUAAGAGAUGUCUCGAGUAAGCAUUUCUUCAUCAGCACACAUCUCCAAAAUUUGCUGAAGUCUCUACCACUGGUAUCUUCCAGGCUGCAAAUCAAAUGCCUUCAAAAAGCAAAAGAAGAUUUGAAGCAGCACAAAGGAAAGACCCAUUUACUAAUAGGGAAGUACGAAAUAUUAUCACAUUUGGCUGCUUCAUUACAAAAUUCAAGAAGUACAUUCUACAUGACGUUUGUAACUCCUGGUAAAAGAUUGGAUAAAAGAAUAUUUCGACCUAUUUUGACUCAUCAGUUGAUAAAUGGAACUCUGAUACUAAUGAAGAAGAUUAUAGAUCCAAAGUCAUUAAAGGUGGUUGAGUUUGAAGGCAUGCCGGAUCUGCGCCAGUUGAUGAGUCAAGAGACUACCUGUAGUGGAACCACUCAAAAAGUGGCGCUGGUCAUACGCAACUGGCAACCAAGCAAGGCAUUGGAAACAUUAGCUCAAGAACCUUUUGCUAAUAAACUCAGAUGUGUGUUUUUAGACCAUCAAGCUCCCAGAUUUUCUGUGUUCUCCCCAUUAUAUCAUGAACAGCUAUCCUUGGAUCUGGCUGUCAAUGUGCUAUCAAGAAACAUCUGGGGGUCACACAAGUACAUUAGUCUGCCAGAUAUACUCACUGAUUCUCACCAACUACAUGUUCUAGAAAGUUCUUACAAAGGCUUGGACAUUGAAUGUAUUUCUCUAAAUACACGAAAUUUUACUUUACAACCAGAUACUCUGAAUGAACAGAUAGAGGUAAACUUGUUGGACUACUGUGGCACACAAAGUAAUGGAAAGAGAGCCAUGGGAAUAGCCAAGUAUGACUCUGAGAUAAACAAGAUCGUCCCAGAUAAAAUCUUGACUUGGAGUGUACCUUCUGAUUGGUCAGCAGAAGAUGCUGUCACAGUUCCGUUUACUUACUCUCUGGCAUACUACAGCCUGCUCUUACAAGCUAAUCUGGAGAAGGGGGAGAAAAUACUGGUGCAUGCUGGGACAUCCCCAGUUGGUUUGGCUGCAAUAUCCAUUGCUCUGGCCAGAGGUUCAAACCUUUAUGUCACAGUUUGCAGUGACCUACAAGUGCCGUUUCUGCUCAGUCGUUUUCCUCAGAUAAACUCUUCCCAGGUGAUUGUUCUGGAGAAAACAAAUUUUGAACUUGAGAUCAAAAGAUUGACUCAAAACACUGGUGUCCAAGUAGUAGUUAACUGUUUGAAGGGUAGAGACAUGAACGCUUCUCUGCGAUUGUUGGGAAAAUUCUCUCGGCUUAUCCAUCUAAGUGACAUUAGUGUAGAGGAUAGAGAUGCUGUCUACAUGUACCCCUUUGCGAGAUUCAACCACAUGUAUAGAGUGUCCUUGGACAGUGUCAUCAAUGCUGAUGUUGAGACCAAAAGAAAACUGAAAACUUUAGUACAGGAAGGAAUUAAAAAUGCUGUGGUGCAACCUCUAAAACACUCUACAUAUACUGUACAACAAACUACUGAAGCAUUAAAUAAUUUGAGGAUGAAAAAUGCUGUGGAGAAAACAGUGGUAGUGAGACCACAAAUUCAUACCAGAGGUUCAGAAGAAUUCCAUUGUGACCCUAAAGAGAUAUUUAUCAUAGUUGGAACGAGGCAAGGGCUUUGGUUAGAUUUAGCAGAGUGGCUCCUCAAGAAUGGGGCAAAGAAAUUGGUGAUCGCAUCUCUGAAACAGAACCUGACCUCAAACAUAUCUCGUCGGUUCAACAGUAUGCUGGCACUCCAUAGAGCAACAGUAUUGAUAACCACCAUUGCCCGUCUGGAUAGCCAGAAGGAGGUGGUAGAUUUCCUGCAAGAGGCCAUCAGAAUGGGACCUGUUGCUGGUAUCUUCUUCAGCUGCAUGGAUGAGAAGAGUAGUGUAGUGGCACAUUUAGAUUCUGCCUCAAGACAACUUUUGCCUCAACUGAAACACUUUGUGUGUCUGUUCGGUGGGUCUGCGAGUGUGUGUGAGUUGCGUGCACAGAGUGACCUUCCUGCCUGCGUCAUACGAACACAAUCUGACCUGAAGCCGCAGUCUGUCCUGCCUUAUCUAGGUCGCAUCCUUGGUCAAGGGAAAUCAAUGGGGUAUUCACUCCUACUCAGUGACGGAGAAGAAACAAAUUACAAGCAGAGAGGUCAAACAGUGCCUUUGCUGGAUAUCAGGAACCACCUACCCACUAGUCUACCACAGCUAGUAGCUUUGGGUCAAAUAAUGUCAUCUGAAGAGCAUUUCCAAAUGCAGGAAGUCAUCACAAGGAGUCCUCCCUACGAGCAUGUUAGGUAUCAAUUGCUGCCUGUCUUUCUGGUUCCUGGCCUAGACUGUGACAGGCUGACACCUCUGAUAAGACAGCUGAUGCAUCCUGCCUUCUGUCCUCUCACACCUCCUUGCCUGCCCUCAAUAGAGCAGAGUGCACAACUGCUACUUCAGGAAAUUUUGCAAGUAAAGAGCAGUGGUCCAUACAACCUGUUGGGUGACUCAUGGAGUGGUACAGUGGUCCUUCAGUUGGCAAUACUUCUGCAGCGCCAUGGUCUUGUGGAAGUGUUCCUACUGGACGCUGCACCUGACACAGCAAAGCAGCGAUUCGCAGCGUUCAGUAACUCCUCAGACACCUUCAAGGAUUCAGAGUUUCUGAUUACUCUAUUCAACUUACCGUCAAAUAUAUCAAACCAUCUGUCAGAGGUCUCAAGCUGGGAGGAACAAGUGCAGUACUGCUUGAGCCAAGUACAAAUGGAAGUAUCUAAUGACUGCAGUACAAGUUUGAAGUACGUGACUAAAGCUCUCAUGAUGUUGAGAAAUCACUUGAAAGCUCUCACAACAUUUCAGCCUUCAGAGCAAUUCGAGGGCAAUGUUCAUUUAUUCAGGACAAGAGAAGCACUGGAAUCUGACUUCUGUGGCCUUAAAAAGUACUGUAAGAAAAAUCCAAUCAUUCACAUAAUGGAAGAUGAAACAUUGGAAGAAAUGAUAAAAAAUCCCAAAACUGCUUCAGUCAUCAAUGAGAAUGUGAUAUUUGCCUGGAAUUUGUAAAAUACUUGUCUCUUGAAAUAAACAUUUGAUUUAUUAUAGUAGUUUA